AUCAAGCCUUGUUAGGGAUAAAAAGUGCAAGCAAACCAAUCAUUUCAUUUCUGAAUAUCAACAAAGGAAUUAAAAUCAUUUUAGUUUAGAGCUUAAAUACUCUUCAAUGGCUAACUAAUGGAAUCAGUUACCUCUACUAAUCGGUAUAUCAAAUAAUGGAAAUUUCAUCCCAACAAUAGAGAAAAAUGUCAACAUUUUAGUUGAUUGAAAUCAGCAGAGCGAGAAAAUGCAAUUUAUAACGAUUUUUAGCAAAUUACUCUUUAUUUAGACUUUGACAAAGGCAAAUAUUAAAUUAGGUUUUGACGGUCAAAGCCCAUAUUAGGAGGUUCCCAAACAGAAAUCGUCAGUUGAGCGGAGAUCGUGGUAGCAGCCUAAGCUUCAAGCUUAUUUAUUAAAUAAAUAAAAUCAAAGUUUACUUAAAAUGUCCACCACAUUUACCAUAAAUGGACAACCUUAUACGGUUAACCUUAGCGACCUCCCGCCAGACAUAACUCUGAACACCUUCAUCCGGGAGCAUGCCCAACUCACAGCCACUAAAUUCAUGUGCCUGGAGGGAGGAUGUGGAGCCUGUGUUUGUGCAGUUAGCGAUGGGAAGAGCACAUGGACUGUGAAUUCGUGCCUGAAGCUGCUGAAUACCUGUGCCCAGCUGGAGAUCAUCACUUGCGAGGGUCUGGGCAACCAGCUCAGCGGCUAUCAUCCGAUUCAGAAGCGACUGGCCAAGAUGAAUGGCACCCAGUGCGGCUUUUGCUCUCCGGGAUUCGUGAUGAAUAUGUACGGACUGAUGGAACAGCACGGUGGCCGGGUGACCAUGGAGGAGUUGGAGAAUUCUUUUGGUGGCAACAUUUGCCGCUGCACUGGCUAUCGUCCGAUCUUGGAUGCCAUGAAAUCUUUUGCAGUGGACAGCGAUAUUGAAGUUCCAAAGGAGUGCAUGGAUAUAGAGGAUCUGAAUCUGAAGGCUAGAAAUUGUGGAAAGACGGGAAAAGCCUGCAAAGGCAGCUGUCGGCAGACAAAACUAAUCUACGAGGAUGGAUCCCAGUGGUAUUGGCCAAAUACCCUGACGGAGUUGUUCGAGGCUCUGGAUAAUAUCCCAGAUACGGAUGAGUUUAUGAUGGUUGGAGGUAAUACAGCUCAUGGUGUUUACAGAAGAUCACCCGAUAUCAAGCAUUUCAUCGAUUUGAGUGGAGUGGAGGAUCUGCAUCAGUACAGCUCUGAAAGGGAUAAACUAACAUUGGGAGCCAAUCUUAGCUUGACGGAUACUAUGGAUAUCCUUCGUAAUACUUCCAAGCAAUCAGGCUUUGAGUACCUUGAGGUCCUAUGUAACCACAUCGAUCUGGUAGCCAAUGUUCCCGUCAGAAAUUCAGGCACUUUGGCUGGCAAUAUUUGUACUAAGAAGCAACAUCCCGAGUUUCCAUCGGAUAUCUUUAUAUCCUUUGAAGCUCUGGAUGUCCAAGUUAUCGCCAUAAAGGAUGCACAUGAAGAACAGGAAAUGUCUCUGGAGGAGUUUUUGGGAGAUCCUGAAAGAAAAAUUCUGCUCAAGGCUUUUAUACUGCCUUCCUACCCGAAGGAUAAGUAUAUAUACGACUCCUACAAGAUCAUGCCUCGUGCUCAAAAUGCCCAUGCAUAUGUCAAUGCAGGCUUCCUUCUCGAACUGGAUAGCGACUCCAAGGUGAAGUCGGCUCGUAUUUGUUUUGGAGGAAUUCGACCGGACUUCAUCCAUGCCAUAGACAUUGAACAGUUAAUGAUCGGACACAGUCCCUACGAAUCCAAUCUGGUGGAGCAGACAUUCGCCAAGCUGGAAAGCCUGUUCAAACCCGAUGAGGUUCUGCCCGAUGCCAGUCCCGCCUAUCGCUCUAAGUUGGCCUGCGGAUUGCUCUACAAGUUCCUUUUGAAACACGCCCCCGAUGCAGAAGUCAAUGGAAAGUUUAAGAGUGGAGGAGAAUUACUCCAGCGGCCACUCUCCUCUGGCUUACAGCUCUUUCAGACCCAAAAGCAGACCUAUCCUGUCACACAGGCUGUGCAGAAGUUGGAGGGAAUGAUUCAGUGCUCCGGAGAGGCCACCUACAUGAACGAUGUACUGACCACUUCAAACUCCGUUUACUGCGCCUUUGUGGGUGCCACUAAGGUGGGAGCCACCAUUGAUCAAAUCGAUGCUUCUGAUGCUCUCCAACAUCCGGGAGUGGUGGCCUUUUACACAGCGAAGGAUAUUCCCGGAACGAAUACGUUCUGUGAGCCCAGCUUUGGCUAUGAGGCAGAGGAGAUCUUCUGCUCGGGAUUGGUACGCUACUCCGAACAGCCAGUGGGAGUUGUGGUGGCUCUAACUGCAGACCAGGCUCAACGGGCUGCGAGGCUAGUGAGGGUCAGCUAUAGCAAUCCCAGCUCCGACUUCAAGUUGAUGCCCACUUUGAAGGAUGUUUUCUCUUCGGAAACUCGAGAUCCUUCUCGCAUUCUUCCCUUGGCUAUUUCGAAGUUGCAACAAAUCAAAUUCUCUGACAAACCGGACUUGGAGGUGAGGGGCAUCUUCGAGAUGGGCCUGCAGUAUCACUUUACCAUGGAACCCCAGACCACCAUUAUUAUACCCUUUGAAGAUGGACUCAAAGUCUUUUCGGCUACCCAAUGGAUUGACCAGACUCAAUCUGUGAUUGCCCAUACACUCCAGAUGAAGGCCAAGGAUGUGCAGCUGCAGGUUCGCCGAUUGGGAGGUGGCUAUGGCUGCAAGAUUUCACGAGGAAACCAGGUUGCCUGUGCCGCCGCCUUGGCUGCUCACAAACUAAAUCGUCCCGUGCGAUUCGUCCAAACUCUGGAAUCCAUGAUGGAUUGCAAUGGCAAGCGAUGGGCCUGUCGCUCUGAAUAUCAAUGCCAUGUCAAAGUCAAUGGCAGGAUUGUUGGUCUAUCAAAUGAUUUCUAUGAGGACGCUGGCUGGAACGCCAAUGAGAGUCCUGUUCAAGGACAUUCCACCUAUACGGCAGCGAACUGCUAUGAGUUUACGGACAGUAACUUCAAGCUCAGUGGUCAUGCUGUUCUCACGGAUGCCCCCAGUUCCACCUGGUGUCGUGCUCCGGGAUCUGUUGAGGGCAUUGCCAUGAUGGAGAACAUCAUAGAGCACGUGGCAUUUGAGAUCCAGAAAGAUCCAGCAGAAGUGCGAUUGGCUAAUAUUAGCAAGAAGAGUAAGAUGGCCACCCUUUUGCCGGAGUUUCUCAAGACAAGGGAGUAUUAUUCCCGAAAAAAAGAGGUCGAUACUUUCAACGCUAACAACCGAUGGAAAAAGAGAGGAUUGGGUCUGUCCGUGAUGAACUUCCCAGUCAUCUAUAUUGGACAAUUUCCGGCCACAGUUACUAUUUAUCAUGUGGAUGGAACUGUUGUGGUUACUCAUGGAGGAAUAGAAAUGGGGCAGGGAAUGAACACCAAGAUAGCUCAAGUGGCGGCCUAUACCCUAGGAAUCGAUUUGAGCUACGUCAAAGUGGAGUCCUCGGAUACCAUCAAUGGAGCAAACUCGAUGGUCACUGGUUAUGCCAUCGGCAGUGAAAGUGUUUGUUAUGCAGUCCGUAAGAUCUGUGAGACUCUCAAUGCUCGCUUGAAGCCAGUAAGGAAGGCCAAGGCCAGUUGGGUGGAGACCGUGGAGGCUGCCAAUGCCCAGCUAAUCAACCUGAUUGCCUCGGAUCACUACAAAACUGGAGAUAUGCAGAACUAUCAUGUGCUGGGUCUGGCUCUCUCUGAAGUGGAGAUGGACGUGCUAACUGGAAAUAUUUUGAUCAAGCGGGUGGACAUUCUAGAAGAUGCUGGCGAGAGUCUGAGUCCAUGGAUAGAUGUUGGUCAGGUGGAGGGUGCCUUUGUGAUGGGUCUGGGCUACUGGCUCAGCGAACUGCUCAUCUACGAGGGCGACAAUGGUCGUCUGCUGACCAACCGCACCUGGAACUACAAGCCGUUGGGAGCUAAGGAUAUUCCUAUUGACUUCCGCGUGGAACUUGUUCACAAUCCAAGACCAAGUGGUUCGGGAUUCAUGGGUUCAAAAGCCACUGGGGAGCCACCUUGCUGUUUGGCUGUGAGUGUUAUAUUCGCUCUACAGCAGGCCCUGCAAUCAGCUCGCCAAGAUGCAGGGCUUCCUAGGGAGUGGCUUCGCCUGGGAGCUCCUACAACCCCGGAGACGCUCUUGCUUAAUGCCGGUCACCAAGUCGCGGAAUUUAAAUUGAAAUGA